UUUUUCGUACACGGUAGGCAGUAUCAUUGACCGUGGGCAGUAUCAUUUUAACCGUUGGCAGUAUCAUGCCGAAAUAGCCGAAAAAAUCAAAUCAAGAUGGUAGUUUAGCAGUGCAGAGCGGACGAACAUAGUGUUUACAUUUUGUCUUCUGAGUAACCUUAUAAUGAAUAUAAAGCGCAGAAGCUAUUCAAUAUCAGUUGACGAUUUUAAUAGUUAUGUUAACAUCUUUUGACAUAUUUCAAGCGACAAUGAACAGUAAAAUGAAGAUGAAAUGUAAUCCCAGUCAGAGAUUCAAAAACACUGAUUGUCCCUUCAGCUUGGUGCUGAAGUAUAAAAAAGAAGAAGGUGAUAACAAUUGUUUGCUAGAAAUGGAAUGGACUCAUAAUCACCCAGUAAAUUCUCUACAGUCAUUAUCCUUUAAGGAUAUCAAGCCAGAUGUUGUGGCUGAAAUUACUCAGCUAUAUGAAAGAGGCUUCACUCCUGGGUUAUCUUAUCAAGAGAUUUGGACCAAAACUAAAAAGUCGUAUGAAAGUGAAGUAGCUUUUCACAAGUUCAUCUCUGACCGAUCAGUGUUUCCCAGACGCACAGAUUAUAAUUAUUUAUAUACAGAAUAUCAUCGAAAAAAAUAUGGAACACAAAACACAAGUACAAUGUUUGAAAAGUUGAAUACUUUGGUUGAGCAAGAAACUCUCAAAGAUUCGGAUAUUUCAAUAAAAGCUCAGAAAUUUGAUGCUGAACAGAAUGAUCCCUUUAUCCUGGUAAUCAUUACUCCACUUAUGAAAAGAGUACACGAGAAGAUCAGAAGUUCUGGAGAACUAGUAUUUCUUGAUUCAAGUGGUGGUAUGGAAGAAUGCAAUCUCCGAGUAUUCCUCAUGGUAACACACUCUUUUGUUGGAGCACUGCCUCUUGGAAUCAUUGUCACUAGUGAUGAAACAACAGACACAAUAACAAGAGCAUUAGAAAUCUUUUCAGCAACACUGCCUGAUGUUGCCUUUUAUGAUAAAGGACCAUUGAAUGGACCCGGUGUCAUUAUGACCGACAACUGUGAUGAGUUGAAAGACGCUUUACAUGCUGUUUGGCCGAAGUCACGCUUAUUGUUAUGUAUUUUUCACCUAAUGCAGCAAGUAUGGAGGUGGCUUUUCGAUAAAAAACAUGGGAUAUCACAACAUGAUAGACCAGUUAUUAUGGCAAAAUUCAGAAAAGUAGUUUAUGCUGAACUUGAAACCGAGAUGGAAGAAGUGUACGAUGAACUUCUAGAUAGUUUUGGACCGAAGUAUCCCCAAUUGACGUCAUAUUUGGAAAACGUUUAUGAUAUGAGAGAAAGGUGGUGUUUGUGCUAUCGAAGAAAAAUGACCAUAAGAGGAAACAAUACAAAUAAUUUUGUGGAAGCUCAAUUUUUGGUGUUGAAAGAUAACAUUUUAAACAGAACAAAGGAGAUAAAUAUAAAUGGUUUGUUCGAGAAGCUUACAAAAGAUUUCAAUGAUCAUUACAAGUCUAAGUCAUCAUUAUCCUGGCACCUUCAAAUGUUGAGAAUGUCUAUUUCAUUAAAUACAAGAUUGUUUAUUAUCAAUCAGUAAUAAUUU